AUGCAAAAUCUAAAUUUAAAAAACCCAAAGGUUUUGGAAACCAGGUUUUUUUCGUUGUUGCUGUUAAAAUCGUUACUUUCCGGUACCGGCACGUACGCCGUACCUUUACCGGAAACCGCGCGGGCAUUAGCCAGGGUUUCCAAACUUGCCGAAAUGGAAAAAAAAUUAAAGUUAAUGCCAUUUAAAGCGGGAACCACGCCUUUUUCGAAACGCCAAAAAAACGCCGCUAUUUUACCAAAAAAGGUUUGGGCGGCAACCAAGCCUUUGUGUUGCAGCGCUAGCAAUUUUGCGAUAAAUGCGCUUUUGGAUAACGGUUUAACGUUUGUAACGCGCAAGCUAUUUAACCGAUAUAAUAUAAAAAGAUUUGGCUUUUUAAAUAGCUUUGCAAACGCGAAAAUAAGCUUUAGUAAGCUUUUCAAAAAGCUUCGUGUUGAAAUUGAUAAGUUAUGCCGAACGCGGAAAUCGUUUUGGUGGCCGGGAAAACCUUUAAAAUUAACGUCGCACUUAUUUUUAACAACCAACGUGGGCUUGUUAGCAUUAUAUUAUAAUGCUUAA